AUGACUUUCCGUGAGAACAGGCGAAGAAGGGGCGAUCCGAGCAUUCGUGGAGGAAACCAUCGCGGAGGACCCAAUGGCCUCAUCCGGCGUAGACCGUCGGAAGGAUUAUGCGUCCACUUUCAGCGCGGCAGGUGUCACUGGGGUGAUAGGUGCAGGUUCUCCCACGACACGACUGAGCGUGUCCGUAACGGAUCAAGCUCAAUCACCCAUGAUCCGGUCGCAAAGAAUGCGUAUCUCGACUGGAAGAGGAGCCUUCGAGGCGGAAUGGCUUCAUGGCUAUAUUCUGGACGAGAGCACGAAAAACUUGGCCGGUUUUGGAACGAGGCUCUGGAGAUACUUGAAAGUGACAGCAGAGAGAAUCACCAGUUGUUGGCCAAGGACCUGGUGGACGAAGAGCUGCAUGGACGGGAUUUUAUUCUCGCCACUAUUGACGCAGAUCAGGCAAAAGGAAGUUUGCGCUGUUUCGAAAUCUACGGCGAGCCAUUUCUCAAAGUUUUGACACACUGUUCUCUCUUGAACUGUCUCUCAGUGGAUUCCUUCGUUGGCUCUCUGUACUCAGAUUUCGGUGGCACAAAUGGAGACCGAGGAAUCAACUACCUGAACGCCGUGUGUUCUGGCAUGAUAAACACGAGAAAUGAGCAGGGAACCUCUCUCGAUUCCGUGAAGUUACUGUUAAAUGUCCUCCAUCAGCUUCUGUCGCGAAUUCGCCGGGCUCGCUUUCACGAUGAGGUCUCCAUACUUAUCGACCUGGCUCGCAAGUUAGUUGAUAAGCUUGCACCUAUCUCCUCUAAGGCCGACAUCGACGGACUGGAGAGCAAGAUUCAAGUCAUGGAAAGCUUGGUCAACAUGGCCAACAGCAACAUCCUCCCUUGUACGGCACAUUACCACCUACCGCAGCAAGGAACCGGCCUAGUUCUGUCAUCAUUUCCGCUGGAUAUGCAGACACCCGGCGGGAGACACGACAACGACUUUGCAGACAUCGCGAAAGUGCAAAUUCUUCCCACGUAUGGCGAGGUUGUAAGCGUGGAUGCAGAAUACUUGCCGUCCACCAACUUCCUGCAACCCCACAUUCUCACUGAUCCUUUGCAGAGAUACAUUGACUCUACAUUUCGACUGCUGCGGCAUGAUGUUUUUGGCUCAACCAAAGACGCUAUUCGUGACCUUUUGCAGGAAGACGAUUUGAGUCACGCCACUCGUUCCUCGAACAGAGACAACACGACACAUCUUUACCCUGGAGCACAGGUUUCAAAGAUCUUCAUCAACAGCAAGAAUGAUCUUGAAGCGAUUGUAUCGUUCCAGAAACCCGCGCAAAUCCGCAAAAAAACCUCGAGCGAACAAAGCAGAUGGUGGCAGGACUCAAAUCGACUUGAGGAGGGAAGUUUGAUAUGCUUCUUAAGCUGCCAAAAAAGCCACAAACGUCUCAUUUUCCUUGAAGUGACUUUGAAAAGUACUGGCAAAGAUAAAAAAGAAAUGCACAAGAGCAGUCUUGUCUCCGAUAGAUAUCCUCCGAGUGUCACGGUCAAGCUUGCUGCAUGCCGAAAAGAAGACUUGAUCUUGUUGACCGAGUUGUAUCGAGAAGGACACACUGGGAUUGUGGUAGAGUUUCACGGUCUGAUCCCGGCUACGUUCUCUCCUAUAUUGAAGAAUCUUCAGCGGACUCAACAGGCGGGAGAUCUGUCAUUCUCAAAAUGGAUCUUGCCUGGUAGGACGGGUGACGAGGACACCCAAACCACGACAGCGCCAGCAUAUGCCCGCAAAGCAGGGUUCCGAUUCUCAUUGACGCCAAUAACCAGUAUCGGAGACGAGGCUCCCCUAACGUUGGAUCCUACCGAUACUACUACAAUUGAUAUUGGAAAGCUACAAACCCAAACUGGUCUCGACUACGGUCAGUGUCACGGUUUGAUUGCGGCACUCACACGAGAGUAUGCCCUUAUUCAGGGACCACCUGGAACCGGUAAAUCUUACUUGGGCGUGAAACUUGUGCAGGUUCUUCUUGAUGUCAAGGCGAAGGCGAAUCUUGGUCCCAUUCUUGUCAUUUGCUACACCAACCAUGCGCUGGAUCAGUUCUUGAAACAUCUUCUUGAUGCCGGCAUUGAAAAAGUCAUCCGGAUCGGAGGUCGCAGCCAGGCCCCUGAGCUUGACGGCAAAAACCUUCGGGUUGUCAGCCAGAGUAUUGGCAAGACCAGGGUGGAAUCGCAAACCCUUGGGAAAUCCUACUCAGCUCUGGAGACAUGCAUGACCGAUGCCGGCUUCGCAAUGAAGCCUUUACACAAGUCUAGAAGAGGCUUGUCUUGGGAAAAUAUUGAGCCUUUCUUGAGAAGAAGAUGGCCGAAAAUACACCGACAAUUGGAUCGAAUAGACGAAGAAGGGUUCACAACUAUCGCUAGUGACCCCCUACUCUCGUGGCUUUCAGGAAACUCGGUCGGCGCUGUUAGAGAACAUGGCGAAGGCGAGAUUGAUGAAACACGCCUGGCAGCUCUCAUGCUUCAGGCAGAACAGGAUAUCUAUUGCCUGUCAUCACGAGAGCGAAAUAUCUUGGCAAAGACAUGGUUCAAGCAGUCACAGGAAGUUGGAACCGAUUUGCUAUUCGAACACAUUGCCAAUGCCGCAGAGCUUCGCAGUGACAUCAAUGCCAUCCACGAAGAGAUAAAUCGACGGGCAUUGGUUCAAGCAGACGUCAUUGGAAUCACGACCACGGCUCUCGCGCGUAAUAUUGAGACACUUCGCCGCGUCGGUUCUAAAGUUGUCCUGUGCGAAGAGGCAGCCGAGGUGAUGGAGGCCCAUGUCAUCUCGGCCCUUAUGCCAGGAGUCGAACACUUUGUUCAAAUUGGAGACCACCGACAGUUACGACCACAAAUUUCAAACUACUCACUCAGUCUUGAAUCAUCAACUGGGAAAAUAUGGCAAUUGGAUCGAAGUCAAUUUGAAAGACGCGCUAUCGGCGAGCCGGGUCUCAAGCCGGCGCCUGUUGCACAGCUCAACAUACAGCGAAGAAUGAGACCCGAGAUAUCACAACUGAUCAGAAGGGUGUAUCCAAAACUAGAAGAUCACGAGAGUGUGAGAAAUUUACCUCAUGUUGUUGGCAUGCGAGACAACCUUUUCUGGCUGGAUCAUCGAUGUCAAGAAGAUUCGGCAGACAAUACCGGCCGAGUGAAAUCCCACAGCAAUCAAUGGGAGGUCGACAUGGCCACUGCUCUCGUUCGACAUAUUGUUCGACAAGGAGUGUACAAGAGUACUGAUCUUGCACUCCUGACACCUUACACCGGCCAGUUACGGAAGCUCCGGGCAUCGCUCGGUAGGGAUUUUGAAAUCUGCCUCAGCGAGAGGGACUUGGAGACUUUAGCUGCAGAUGGAAUUGAUGAUUCCGAAGAUCCAGCACCGGUUACGAACAGCCACAAGGCACUGGAGAAGAAGACUUUGCUCCAGACACUGCGUCUUGCGACCGUGGACAACUUUCAAGGGGAGGAGGCGAAAGUGAUCAUUGUGUCUCUCGUUCGCAGCAACCAAAACCGCAAGGUCGGUUUUCUCCGCACCGAAAACCGCAUCAAUGUGCUUCUCAGUCGUGCUCAGCAUGGAAUGUACCUCAUUGGUAAUGCUGAGACUUAUCUCAAUGUCCCGAUGUGGGCAGAUGUCCACUCUCAACUUCAACAUGCAAAUGCGGUCGGCACAGAGCUGGCACUUAGUUGCCCUCGUCAUCCAGAAACGCCUAUCCUCUGUGCCGAGCCUCAUGACUUUGAGAGAAAGAGCCCCGACGGUGGAUGCGGUCUCCCAUGCACUCGCCGACUCGAGCCGUGUGGACAUCAAUGCCAGGCGAAAUGCCACUCGGCAGUCAUGCAUGAAGGUUUCGCGUGCGGGAAGCCCUGCCAGCGCGUUCGAACCACUUGUUCGCACGCAUGUCCUAAACUUUGCGGUGAGAAGUGUGGUUCUUGCAUGGUCAAGAUUCCGGAGGUAGAGCUACCUUGUGGUCAUGUCAAAGAAAGCGUCUUCUGCCAUCAAUUGUCAUGUUUGAUGGAUAUCAAGUGUGACGUGAAGGUAGACAAAGUUGUUCCCAGGUGCGGCCAUACGAAUCGGGUGGGCUGUUUCAAAGAUGUUGCGGCCCCAAUUUACAGAUGCUUGGAACAGUGCAGGGAGGUCCUGAGAUGUGGCCACAAUUGUAGCGAUUGCUGCGGAAGCUGCCUUCGAGAGAUUGUUGAUGGACGCAGGAUCUGUGAGCACCCAGAGUGCAGAAAGAUCUGUGACCGUCCCUACGGCGCAUGCAAUCAUAGGUGUACCAAGCCCUGUCACCUGGGCGAGAUCUGCGGUGGAUGCAAAGAAAAAUGCGAGGUCCGAUGCUCGCAUAAUGCGUGCACCAAGAAAUGCGGAGAAGCUUGCACGCCUUGCAUCGAGCCGUGCACCUGGUCAUGCAAGCACCUCGGCCCCUGUACAAUGCCUUGCGCGGCACCAUGUAACCGUCUUCCUUGCGAUGAGCGGUGCAACAAACUCUUAAAUUGCGGCCAUCGAUGCCCCAGUCUAUGUGGCGAAGAUUGUCCGCACAAUUUGUGUCAAGAGUGCGGCAACAAGGGAGAUGCCCGCGUCGAUUUCGUCGAGAUGAAACUUUACUCAGAGAUCAACCUCGAUGAGAAUCCAAUCAUUGUGCUGGGAUGCGGCCACUUCUUUACAAGUGAGUCGGUGGAUGGCGUGGUGGGUCUAGACGAAGUCUACACACGAGACGAGGAUGGGAAGUUCAACGGGCUUCGAGACACAUCUUCCUCCCUAGCCACCGGCAUACCAUCAUGCCCAGAUUGCAAACAACCCAUUCGGCAAUUUGUGACCAGACGGUACAAUCGUGUCGUCAACCGCGCCGUGUUAGACGAGACCUCUAAGCGAUCUUUAAUCAAAGGUCGCACCGAUCUUGAGACUCUCGAAACGCGUCUGAAUGACGUCGAAGAGAAGCUCAAGAAUCCGUCUGCGAGAUGGUCACCGGACAAGACUGAAAAGCAAACCAAAUCCCUUCUCGAUGAUUGCAGAAAUAUUGGGAAGCGAGCCUUUGACCUCAGCCGAGACACCGCUUCCGAAAAUCAACCGGUGAAAGUGCUAAUGGAUGCAAUUACGAUAUGCAAAAGCUCGUCGCAAGAUGAAUUUCGCUCCCUACUGACGCAAAUGAAGUCGCUGAAUAUAGCAACACCCAAAUUUGACAAUCAGAUCAGCCUUGGAGCGCGGCUUUUGUUCAUAAGAGCCCAGCAGAUUCGGUUGAGUGAGGUCGUCAAAUCAUUGAAUUCACGCAAGACUUUCACAGGGAGUCUGAUUGGAUUACGCCCUUACCAACCAUCCUCCGAGUCCCUCAAUAUUUUAAAGGCUUGCCAGGAGCUGAUAAGGCAAGCAAACGAAGGCAGUUUCUAUCGAAUCGCUAUCGCGGCUAGCAUUACCUUUGCCAAGCUUUCCCAGCUCGUGGCAUGGCACCGCCGCACCCAUGGCAAGCAUGGAACCAAUACUGAGAACAGGGAGGACCUAGGCUCAAAGGAUCUCAUAGGUAACUUUGAACUCGUGCGCAAGCUACUUGAUGCAGCCCUGAUAUCAUGUGAACGGCUGGGGAACUGCCCUGAGCUCCAAGAGCAGGUGCAGGCAAUGUUGAAUCUCUGCAACGGCCCGCGAUACGAGGUCGUCACUUUCGAGGAACUUGAAGAGAUCAAGUCAGCUAUGCUCAACGGAAGAAGUGGAAUUGCGACUCACUCUGGACAUUGGUACAAUUGCACAAAUGGGCAUCCGUUUGCAAUUGGAGAGUGUGGCAUGCCAAUGGAACAAGCGCGUUGUCCAGAGUGCGGAGCACCCAUCGGAGGUCAAAACCAUAGGGCUGUAGAAGGUGUCACCCGCGCUCAUGAGAUGGAAUAG